AAUACGUGUGUACUAGAAUAUAUAUGUCUAUACACAUAUUAUAUUUUAAAUCAUCUUUCAUGUUACUAUUGUUAAGCAAGCUUCUCUCCUUGCUGCAUCCUUGCUACUGAUUUUUUUAUUGAGUGAGAAGCUGUCAUAUUUUUUGAGCCUAAAUAAUCCCUUGGGAUACUAUUUUGUCACUAUAAACGUGCCUGGUAGCAACUGUUUUGCAUGAGUUCUCAAGAAUUAUUACCCAAAUCACCGUCCUCCCUUCGAUCUUCAUCAGACAAUACCCCCUUCUCUAUCCUUGUCUUCUAUAAGCCGGCGAAUUUUGUUCCAAACAUAGUGACUAAUGUGCUAGUGGAUUUUGACGACGUCAACGAUGAAUCUAACGAGGGCACUUCUAAACUGAAUUUGUUUGGUUUUCUUGCUAAUUGCCACCUAGUUUCCUCGAUGAAAAGAUGCUCCCAAAAUAUCAUCAGGGUCAACACCUUGUGUAUACAUUUUACAGCUCUUUGUCUUUAAGAUGUUUGGUACACUAACACUGGUUAUCUCUGUCCAUCCUAGAAUAUCCACUCUUGGUUACAUGAUUGAAAAAAAAAUUGGUCUUGCCCGACAAAACCAAAUUUAUUUCCUGGUCCGAGAAAAGCAUGUGCAGUUUGUCGAUAGGAACAGGUCACUUAAGGAUGUCGGUCUUCCCUUGCCUCAUUCGUUAAAAACUACGACUUUACUUAGUGAACGAUAUUUUAUUGUUCUUGAUGGUUCCAUGUCUAGCCUUUCGCCGUCUGACUAUCCUUCGUUUAGGCUUAUGUCCCUAAACCUCGACUUUAUCUCUUCGUACCGUCAUGGUGUCACAUUAGGGAGUCGACAAACGGCAUCCGAUCACUUGGCUAGCUGUACCGACCUCUUGAAGUGUCUAAAGAAGACGCUCAAACAAAAUUAUCAGGCGCUCUGGCAAAUAACUCAUGCUUGUAUUCCUUUAUCAUAUCUGGUGGGCGAACUUUCAUCAGUGCAGCAGAAGGUAGCAGCUACACUCAAAACGUUAAAAAUAAUUCAACCAGAUCAUAGAGCGUCUAUUAAUGCUUGCAAGGGCUUGUACGUACGUCUCACCUCGCUUUGCGAGCCAAAUUCCGUGGAAUGGAAGAGUGAACGUCUGGAAAGCUGGUACGAUUUGGUUGUCCAAGACUCUAUUAACGGCCUCGGACAUCCACAAUUGCUGCUUUCUGAGCUUGUCGUUCACAUGAAGCAUUCUCUUGAGCCGUAUAAAACUGCCGUCACAAAAUAUGCGCAUAACGUUGAUGGAACAUGCGAUCCUUACACAAAGCUGCUGCUAAUUCAAAAGAGCGGAUUGGAGAAAUUAGACGAAGUCGAGAUUCAACUGAGCGCUCUUCAACGGGGACUAGCAUGCAAGGCGCAAUCAGCUCCGUAUAUGUUGGCAUUAGAUACUGAAUUAAUUGCUCAGAUGGAGACUCUUCCUGGUAUUCACAAAACAUUUCAAAAUAUCUACAGCCAAUUUAACGAGUCGUGGUCAGAGUUUGUCAAUACGUGCUUGGAAAGGGCGCAUCAAGCAAUGAAGUUGUGCAAUUUACGAACAAAGUAUUUGCUGAGCUUUAAGGAGUCUCUAGAACGGAUUUGGUAUGAAAGUCAUAAGCUGCAUAUGAUCGUUCGAGGCCCGGAGUUGUUUGAGCAAUAUCAAGCUGAGAUUCAAAGACGAAUUCAGUUUCAAGAACAAGCGAUGAAAUGGUGCCAAAGCAUCGAGGCCGAGCGAAAGAAGCGAGACGAGUUUAAUGAAUGUAAUAAGUAUUUGCCUAUUGAUAUUGGCAAGAUUUUUUUGCAAAGCACAGAUGGAUUAUUGAAGUUUUCUUCUGCUCUUGAACAACUCCGGGGAGCCUUACAAAUAGAUUCCAGUCGAGUAGGACAAAUGCUGGUGGGAGGAUCAUAUGAUUCGACGACGACGGAGAUGGGCUCAAGUUUGUCAGAACAAGUCUCGUGGCAUAAGAGUGAUAACAGAACGGAGCAAUUGAAGUCUGAAAGUCAAGCACCUUUUAAGGCUCCGAUAAAGUCGGAUCGAGAGCAGACUGAUAGCAGUUUAAAUCUCCAGGAAUCGCUGGAGAGUUGUGGAAGCACUAGCUAUCCAAGUAUCCAAGACUCAAAAGGGACGAAUAUUAAUCAAGACGGUUCGAGUGUAGACGAGGCAAAUGAUUGGAUCUUGGGGGGCGUGAAAGUUGAAGUUGACCAACCUGAUACGGACCAAUCUGAACAUCAAGCAGAAAGUCGUCUUAGUAAGGAAAUAGAUCUGCUGGGACAAGAAAAGAAAAUUUUCGAGAUGAAAUUGGAUCAGCUAAGACAGCAAAAGGAAACUUCUAGAACUGAAAUCGAUCAGCUUGUAGGUCAAAAGAGAAUUGUUAAACUGAGUCUUGACAAGCUGAGACAAAAAAAGAAAAAUUUCAAGGUGAAGAUAAUUAGAUUGAAAAAAGAAGAGGAGGAUCUGAGAGUGGAAAUUCCUCAAUUAAAGCAGCAGGUGAUGAAUUUCAGGGCAGAACUGAACCAAUUAAGGCAGCAAUUGGAUAUUGAUAGGAAAGAGAUAGAUAAAUUGAAAGAAGAGAAGGAUCAUAUUGAAGGGGAAGUGGCCCAAAUGCAAGAAAAUAGGAAUUUUAGCGCGGAGAUAGACCAACUGAAUCGAGAAGGGGAAACUACCAGAAUCAAAAUAGAUGAAUUGAGGCAAGAAAGGAAGAUAGAAGAACAAAGGCUAGAUCAGCUCAAGCGCGAUAAAAGUUUUAUGUGUUUUAAAAUUGAACAGUUAUUAGACGAAAAAGAGAAGAAUGAGCAGAAAAUUAAUCAGUUGGUUCAAGAAAAAGAAAGGGAUCAAUUAAAAAUUGAACAAUUAAUCAAGGAAAAAGGCAAGAAUGAACAACGAAUAGAACAACUGUCAAUAGAUAAAGAAAGGUUUUAUUUGAGUGACGAACAACUGAAAGAUCCUGCGAAAAGGAUACUUAGUAGAUGGAUGAAAGACAGAGAGAAAUAUAGAGAGAAGGAUGAUACUUCGGAGUACAAAUACAAAGAGUUAUUGGAUUGGGCCAUUUCGGAUAUUCUUAAAAAAUGCGAGUGUUUAGAGCUUCAGCUAGAAGAUAGCAAGAAGAGUCGUGAAUGCUUCAUAGAGAGUCAUGCAACGUUAAAGAACGAUCUGAGUGCCCAAUUCAGCGAAUUAGAGGUAUUGAAGCAUAAGUUAGAGUCGGAAAGGAUGGAAAAGGAAGCUUUAACCCAAGAACUUGAGAAGAUAAAUCGGUUGAUGGACUCUGAGCGCUGCCAUUCUGGCGAGUUAGAAAUCAAAAUUAUGAACCUUCAAAAACGGCUAGAUGAGAAACAGAAAAUUUUUGAGUCAUUUACUAGACAAAGUGAUGCAGAUCGAAAAGAUAUGCAAGGUUUUACAAAUAAGUCUGAAUCAAACACUUCUGUUAAGGGUUUUGAACAUGAAAUGUCGCAUAUACUAUCUGAAUUACUUCAAAACGGCGAACUUGCAUCUUUUGUUAACAUUUUGAAUAACGAAAUAUCGCGGUUGGGCGAUCAACCAGUGAGUUGCAAGAGAGAACUACAAGAGCUUCAGAUUGUUAUUGGUGAUCUUUUGUCCACAAGAGAUGGCAAUAAUCUAGAAAAGAGUAAAGAAGGCUCUACAGAUGCAUCGACAAAGAAGGAUGAUUCAUACAAUUAUUACGCAGAUUACACACGUUACAACUCACCUGAAGAAUGUACCCAAAAAUCAUUCAGAUCGUGUUCUGCCGACCAGACAUCAUCAAUGAAGCGUUUAGAUGUAAGACCAGAUCAAGUACAUUGUCAGUCAGCUAAUGAAUCGGACAGCGAAUAUCAAAAGUUUAGCAAAUCGGCUACUUCCAAUUCAGCUUCAUCUCAAGAUCAUCAAUAUAAUAUUUUUAAUGACGAAUUGAACCUCCACUCCCAACAUGAGAAGCACGUUCCGAUAAUUACAUCUAUGCCUCAUUCCUCGCCUCUUACUAAAUCCAGAUCAUUUGCCGAUACUCUUACAGAAGCGCAUACUCACGCCAUUUACAAAAUGCUUCGAGACCAAAACAGGCAUCUUUUAAAUGAGAACGAUUCCACUUACAAUCGCAUGCCAGACUUGUUGUCUAUGCUUGACUCUACUAUUAAAAACUGCGCCAAUCUGAGGCAAGAAUUGGAAGAAAAGCAAGCUGAACUUGCUCUUUUUCACAGCCGUAUUUGUCUUUUGUUAAAACAGUUUUACCCUGUUUUUGUUAGCAGCGAAAAUUUAUCCUUAGAACUACUCAUAGACUAUUUGUAUCAUAUCUUUCAAGGUGAGUUAGUCACUGGGAGACAUAUUCAGGCUGAAAAUAAUGUAAUUGGUAUAUGGAAUCACAAACAUUCGCACUAUGACGUACUCAGCUGGGAGGAGUUUGAACAAGAACAAGUUGACAAUUACGUAAUUAAAAUUGAAGAUCAAGGUGUCAAUUUGACAGGUGGUUUUCUCAUUAUGGGAAAGGUGGUCGAAAUUGUUGAAGGACGUUUGAUCUUGACGGGCAUCAGAAAUUUGCCAGACCGCUUCCAGUCUUUAUUCAAAGCUUGACGUUUUCGCUUAGUGGUUAGUCAUCUAAGGCGGCUUGCUCUAUAUCUUUACGAUAAUUAAUAACCCACAUAUUUUGAAACAUCUCUAUUUUUCAUUAUAUUUUUUAUGUGUAAGCCAUAUUAAAAGAAAUAGAGGUUCAACAAGCCUUUGCCCGGCUAUAUUAUAUAUUUUAUGCACUAAAAACCUUGCCAAUACGCUUGGGUUUCUAUUAGUGAUUUACUUGGCUUCUAGCUCCGCCUACUAGCACCCCUCAUUUGGUGGCAGGAAUUACAUGGUCUAAAGUAUCUGAUUUUGUGUAAAACAGAUGAAGAAUGUGCCAUCCGCUACAGUGAACAUUUGCCUGCAUUGUUUUGACGCAUAAUCAACAUCUCAUGGCUACAGUACUGAUAUCGUAUUUAUACUGUUUGUAGAAUAAGAAGCGAUAAAUAAUUCGUGUCAAGAAUAGGUCCUUUAAAAGCAAGAAAGUCGAUGAUCUUAAACAGUGCGAAAGUAUUAUAAAGUCAUUAUUCUUACCUCA